AUGAGGGACAGACCAUUUAUCAAAGUCCCAUCAGGUAGCCUGAUUUCAGAUGUCCAUGCUAUUCAAUAUCUUUGUUUCACAGGGGAAAUCCCUAACCAUUGCUCUCUGAGUGGGAGGGGCUUAUCAUCUGGGGAGCCUCAACAACAACAUGAUGCUGACAAGAAGUUUCUCCAGAAGAGUCUCUCCAGAUCAGAACGUCUCAAUAAACACCAGCAGAGACUUCUAGGAAAUAAACUUUACCACCGCUGCUUUGACUGUGGGAAGAAUUUUGCUAAACAUAGAGAACUGAUAAUUCACCAGCGGAUUCACACUGGAGAGAAGCCUUAUAGCUGUGAUCAGUGUGGGAAGAGCUUCAAACAAUCAGGAGACUUGACUAUACACCAGCGCAUACACACAGGAGAGAAGCCUUAUAGCUGUGAUCAGUGUGGGAAGAGCUUUAUUAAAUCAGGAAACCUGUGUACACACCAACGCAUACACACAGGAGAGAAGCCUUAUAGCUGUGAUCAGUGUGGGAAGAGCUUCAAUCAAUCAGGAUCCCUGAUUAUACACCAACGCAUACACACAGGAGAGAAGCCUUAUAGCUGUGAUGAGUGUGGGAAGAGCUUCAAUCAUUCAGGAUCCCUGAUUUCACACCAACGCAUACACACAGGAGAGAAGCCUUAUAGCUGUGAUCAGUGUGGGAAGAGCUUCAAUCAUUCAGGAGACCUGACUAGACACCAGCGCAUACACACAGGAGAGAAGUCUUAUAGCUGUGAUCAGUGUGGGAAGAGCUUUGCUCUAUCCGGAAACCUGACUACACACCAGCGCAUACACACAGGAGAGAAGCCUUAUAGCUGUGAUCAGUGUGGGAAGAGCUUCAAUCAUUCCGGAGACCUGACUACACACCAGCGCAUACACACAGGAGAGAAACCUUAUAGCUGUGAUCAGUGUGGGAAGAGCUUCAGUCAAUCAGGAGACCUGACUACACACCAGCGCAUACACACAGGAGAGAAGCCUUAUAGCUGUGAUCAGUGUGGGAAGAGCUUCAAUCAAUCAGGGCACCUGACUAGACACCAACUUAUACACACAGGAGAGAAGCCUUAUAGCUGUGAUCAGUGUGGGAAGAGCUUCAAUCAUUCAGGAUCCCUGAUCACACACCAACGUAUACACACAGGAGAGAAGCCUUAUAGCUGUGAUCAGUGUGGGAAGAGCUUCAAUCAUUCAGGAUUAAUGACUAGACACCAUCGCAUACACACAGGAGAGAAGCUUUAUAGCUGUGAUCAGUGUGGGAAGAGCUUCAAUCAUUCAGGACACCUGACUAGACACCAGCGCAUACACACAGGAGAGAAGCCUUAUAGCUGUGAUCAGUGUGGGAAGAGCUUUGCUCAAGAUUUCACCCUGACUGAACACCAACGCAUACACACAGGAGAGAAGCCUUAUAGCUGUGAUCAGUGUGGGAAGAGCUUCAAUAAUUCAGGACAACUGACUACACACCAACGAAUACACACAGGAGAGAAGCCUUUUAGCUGUGAUCAGUGUGAGAAGAUCUUCAGUCAUUCAGGAUCCCUGACUAGACACCAGCGCAUACACACAGGAGAGAAGCCUUAUAGCUGUGAUCAGUGUGGGAAGAGCUUCAAUAAUUCAGGACACCUGACUAGACACCAGCGCAUACACACAGGAGAGAAGCCUUAUAGCUGUGAUCAGUGUGGGAAGAGCUUUACUCAAGAUUCCACCCUGACUGAACACCAACGCAUACACACAGGAGAGAAGCCUUAUAGCUGUGAUCAGUGUGGGAAGAGCUUUGCUCGAGAUUUUACCCUGACUGCACACCAACGCAUACACACAGGAGAGAAGCCUUAUAGCUGUGAUCUUUGUGGGAAGAGCUUUGCUCUAGAUUCCACCCUGACUAGACACCAACACAUACACACAGGAGAGAAGCCUUAUAGCUGUGAUCAGUGUGGGAAGAGCUUCAAUCAGUCAGGACACCUGACUACACACCAACGCAUACACACAGGAGAGAAGCCUUAUAGCUGUGAUCAGUGUGGGAAGAGCUUCAAUCGUUCAGGACACCUGACUACACACCAACGCAUACACACAGGAGAGAAGCCUUAUAGCUGUGAUCAGUGUGGGAAGAGCUUCAAUCAUUCAGGAUCCCUGAUUACACACCAGCGCAUACACACAGGAGAGAAGCCUUAUAGCUGUGAUCAGUGUGGGAAGAGCUUCAAUCAUUCAGGAUCCCUGAUUACACACCAGCGCAUACACACAGGAGAGAAGCCUUAUAGCUGUGAUCUGUGUGGGAAGAGCUUCAAUCAAUCAGGAGCCCUGAUUAAACACCAGCUCACACACACUGUAGAGAAACCUUAGAGCUUUGCUCAUUCAGGGUCUCUGAAAAAACACCAGAAAGCUCAAACCUGUAUUAUUUUAUCUCCCUCCUCUCCGGCACCGGGUCCAUAUCCCUAAAUAAAGUUGAAAUACAUUACUCUUUACAAUAUCUUUUAAAUCUCCCAUUCUCAAACUGUUUACUAGGUCUGAUUACCAUGGUACCCUGUUUAGCAUAAUAUGCAGCUCUGGAUCCAUAUGUAUCAACUGUGUUGGAGUAGGAGUGCUGAUCUAGGACCAGGUCCAUUGUCUAGUUUUUGUCAUGCAUUUUGAUCUAAAUGGCUAAAAGUCAUCAUAGAAAAUGUCAUAGUGAACCAUUUGUGUGUAGAGGGAGAUGUUGAGGUGGGUGGGGGUGUUCAGGGCUGUAUCAUAUUUAAUUAACUCCUAUUAUCCAUUAAAUAAUUGUAUAAUGUAGGAUAAUGUUUCAACAAUACUAGGUAUGUAUUGUGGGGUGGAAAUCAGAAUUAGCUAAGUAAUAUUGACAUAAUUAAGGUUGUCUCAUUUGCAGAAUAUGCUUACAUGUUGGUGUUGGUGGCUGCACUUCCUCCCUCUUAUGGGCCUGUGGUUAGGCGGGGGUGAAAGCGUCUUUCACAUCCUCCUCAGACGCCACUCACAGUCUAUUUGACCUCAGUCACCUGGGGCCCAGAGAGGGGAGAAGUCUGGCUUGUCUAUCACAUGUCCCUGUUGCUAUGCAGAAUAUCAGAAAGACAAUAGGCCAAAGGUCAGAAGGAGACAUUGUUUCCAUAUGUGAAUAUGUGUCUUUACCUAUUGCAAACCAUGUGAAGGGAUGGUGUGAGUAAUGGGAAUCAAUCACUUGUCUCCACAAUGUCUGUGCGUCAGUCACUCCCUCCUUGGGGGAGAUUGUUCUUUCCCCUGGUUCCCUUUUUAGCAAGGUGGAGACUAAGUAACAACAAAUGUCCUUUUAAGUUCUCAGUACUGAACAAAAUAACAAGUUCUUUGUAUUUUGGGCCAAGGUCUGGCACAGGAUGUGUGGGGUUAGUGUUUGGAACCAUUGUAUGUCAUCUCUGAGGUUGCACCUAUCCUGAGCUAGUAUAUAACCCAGAGGCUCACUCCACUCAGUGGGCUCUCACUCUAUUCACUUUGUGUGUGUAUUGUGACUUGCUCCUUUAUUGAUACGUUUUUAAUAAAGUAAUAAUCCUGAUUGGUGA